AUGAGUUCAUAUAUUUUUUAUAUUCAAAUAAUAUUAUUUAUUUAUAAAAUAUUUUUAUGUGAUUGUUUUCGAGAAGAUUGUACCGGUCACAAUAAUCAAGGGCCAUGUUUUUUAUAUUUUAGACCAGAAGAAAAAGCAUUUGGUAAGGUGCUAACAAUGUUAGAUAAAUCAGUAGCUAUAACAAUUAAAAAAGAAAGUGCUGGAUACAAAAAAAAUAAAGAUGCAUUGUUAUUUGUUAAUGGUUUUAUUCUGAGACAUGUUGAUCAAAAUACAAUGAAAACAAUUUGUCAAAGAAUGUCAAAUGGAGUUGUUUACAAAAAUCCAACAAUUUUAAUUUUAAAAAGUGAUUAUGAAAAUUCUGGUUCAUUAAGAAGGCCCUCAAUGAGUGGCAGCAUAAGAGGACAACCUGUUGUUCAACGGCCUAACACUAGAUGGAUGAUGAUACAAAGAAUGAAAUUAUUCCGUAGAAAUUCAAUAAAUAGAGCUUUUUAA